UUUCAGCCCUGUGCUUUCGCGCUACUACGCGUUGGCUUGGCCCUUGUUCUCGCUAGGCACGCCCUCCUCGCCGCCUACUUCACGCAACUUGCGUACCCGUGCUGCCCGUGCGCGACGUAUAUCUGAAUUGGUUUGUUUACAAUACGGGGCCGGUCGCUAGUGGCCUAGUGCAUAGUGGGCGUCCUACCAGUCCUACUAUCCGUCGAUUGCCAGGAAGGCGAGCAACCUGUCUUCUGCUACCACAGCUGAUCGCAUCAAGUUCCUGAUUACACCAUGAGCUACCCUCCCUAUGCUCCUGCUGAUGGUGGAGCCUACCCACCAGCUCAGGCCUACCCACCGCCUAAUGUGGGUUAUGCACCGCCUAGUCCAGGCUACCAUCAUGGUUACCCUGCUGACCAAGGUUACCCCCCGCCUACUCAAGCAUACCCGCCGCCUGCCCAAGGGUACCCACCACCUGCCCAAGGCUACCCUCCACCUAUGCAGGGUGGUUAUCCGCCAGCUAUGGGCUAUCCACCCCCACAGGGAGACGUUCAGUUCAUGCCAAUGGCUCCAGGGACACCUGUCACACAGCCACCAGUAAUGGGAGGUGGUGGUUACCCCCCUUCAGGCGGAGACAUGGCACCAAUGGGAGUGUCGCCUGGUAUUCCAAGCUGCCCGCCCGGUUUAGAAUACCUCACGACAAUAGAUCAACUGUUGGUGCACCAGAAAGUGGAAAUGCUGGAAGCAUUUCUCGGAUUUGAAACUCAGAACAAGUACACCAUUAAGAACAGCAUGGGCCAGAAGGUCUACAAAGCUGUGGAGGACACUGAUUGUUGCUCCCGAAACUGCUGCGGUCCUAACCGCCCCUUCGACAUCAAGUUCACUGACAAUGCUGGCAAUGAAGUGAUCCAUCUGCAGAGGGAUCUGCGCUGCAGCUCCUGCUGCUUUCCAUGCUGCCUGCAGAAGCUUGAAGUGUCAUCGCCUCCGUACACGCCCAUCGGGUAUGUGAUCCAAGAGUGGAGCAUCUGCAUACCCAAGUUCCGAGUUGAAAACGCAGAGCGGGAGACUGUGCUGAGGAUUGAGGGCCCCUUCUGUACCUGGAGCAUUUGUGGAGACGUCGAAUUCAAGGUGCUGUCAAAGGAUGGCGCUGUAGAAGUCGGCCGCAUCAGCAAGCAGUGGUCGGGGCUGCUGAAAGAGUCGUUCACCGACACGGACAAUUUUGGCAUCAGCUUUCCCAUGGACUUGGAUGUUAAAAUGAAGGCUGUCCUGCUUGGAGCACUUUUCCUUAUUGAUUACAUGUUCUUUGAGAAGGCCGGCAACAAGGAGAGCGACAGGCCUGGCAUGCUGUAGUACAACACUGGGACGCAGACGACGAUGGAAUUGCACGUCCUCCUCGCUUUUGCUGAAUACCACAUGUGGAGCGUGUCUUCGUGCCACCAUUUUGACCAUGUACUGUUAUCGUUCCUGUUUUUUGAAUCUCUCCCUUUUUUUUUAAACGUAUUUCCAAACUACGUUGAAAACGUUUUCGUUGCUCACAGUAUAGUAUAUUUGUUGUCUAGUCUAAAACACAAGCUGACCUUGCAUUUUCGUGCAUUUUUUGAGGGGGUGAUAAUUGUGGCUUUCGACAGCUGGGUGUUCUGCACAGAUUUACGUGCAGUGCGACAUUUCUGUUUGCAAUUUUGUUACUUUCAAAACUGUCGCAUUUUGAGGUAUACAUUUCUCCAUUCUUCCUAGGUUCAGUUACUUUUCACCUAUAACGCACACCUUCAUACUAAAUAUGAUGCAGUAGCAGAGUGUUCAGAUGCACAAGCUAGUCCAAUUACAGCGGUGUUGCGUGGCGUGUGACAUUUCUGUACAAUUCAAGCCAAAAAUGAAAGAUUAGCAAGCUUUGGGAAUGUUUGUUUUUAUGUACUUUGAAGCCAAGCUCGUAUUCUUUGCCUUAUCAUAGAUUUUGGGGCUCAGCAGUGUUGUGAAGUCUCCUUACCAAAGGUUGCUUGAGUUUGGAAUCAUACCAUG